AUGCCUCUCAUCAAUGGAAUUAAAAUGGCCUGCGAGCCUUGUAUUCGUGGUCAUCGCUCUACUAAAUGUACACACGCAAACGAGCGACUAAUGGUACCUGUUAGGAAACCAGGUAGACCUCUUAGUACAUGCCCUCAUCCGGCUUCUCGUCCAUGUUCUUGCGGCAGAGUCACGGCCGCCAUACCAAAGAAACAAGCAUGCCAUUGUGGUCCCGGCAAAGAUACCGAAGCACCAAAGCCUGAGAAUGGUGGUAGCACAAGCAGCUCCACGCCUCAGAGCCCUGUUAGCAAAACACCAGGUUCUGGAUAUCGAGUACAGAAAACGAGUUCGAAAGGCGGAAGUUCUAGCAGAAGAGAAUCUGUUGACCCAUCAGCCUUCCAGCGAAUGGAUCCCAAAAUGCUCAAUAUUUUGCCCUCAUUCGAGGACAUAUCCCAGAAGCCGGUCGCGUCUCUUCCUGACAUGUCCCCCUAUGGGAGUGUGGGUAUGACACCAGCAGACAGCCCUUUUGGACCCGUCAUGUAUCCAAUGUUCCAACCACAUAUACCCCCUAUGAUGAGCCCAGGCACAUCAAAGGAGACCAUGGCCGGCCAGUCUGGUUCAAUAACGAGCACGCAAGUUCUAGAACAACAAAUCCAACCUACACCAAAAGCCGGCUCUUGCUGCGGAGGAGGCAAUUCUAAUAACAUCGCUUCCGUUCCAAUUACAAUGCCCUCGGUACCGAGUCCACCGAAAGCCAAAGCUAAGAGUUGUUGCUCUUCCAGCAACGACUCCCCCAAAGUCGACCAGAAGAACGAUAAUGCACCGGCCAACGACAUACCCACGCCAAACAGCAUGAUGAUGUCGCCUUUUCCGACACCCAUCGUGAUGCCUAACGGCAUGUACGCCUACUACCCUCAGCCCACUGUAUUCACAUACCCACCUCAGUAUGGUUCAUACUUGCAGCCUCUUCAGCCGGAGCAAUGGAGACAAGUAAUGGCCGCGAUGACUUUUGCUGGUCAAGGCGGCAUGCCUUCACCCUUCGGAAUGCAUGGCGCAACAUCGUUCCCGGCCCCGACUGCCCCUCAAACUCCCCAUUCGGCGACGGGCACUUCUCACCAGUGUAGCUGUGGUGCCUCGUGCGAGUGUGUAGGGUGCGCAGCCCAUCCGUACAACGAAGCGACGCAGAACUAUGUUCGAUCGGCCUGGCAGAGCAUGAUGGAUACCGGUUACACCCAUGUGAACGGACAUGGGAAUGGUGAAACACCCACAACAAAUGGCCACAGCGUUACCACAAGCACGGCUUCUGUACCUCCUAUCGGCUCUACUGACGGGACUGUAUCGCCAGUCGCUCCACAAACCCCCUCUGAAGCGGCGUCAGGCAUUAGCGAAGAGCAAGCUCUGUCGGCGAACGAUUUCUUCUUUGUUAGUUACCCAUUCGGAGACUCUUGUGCCGGUGAGGAGGCAAGCUGUCCGUGCGGAGAUGAUUGUCAGUGUUUAGGCUGUGUAAUUCAUGGCAACUCCGAGUCGGCGGUUGAAGCAGAAGGCCAGGUCUAG